AUGGCUGCUUCCCUUUCAUAUUCCACAGCUGCCUUGUGUUUGUCAAUCCUUGUGCUACUUGCUUCUUCACUGGUUCCUUCAGCUGCUAGCUUCAACCAAGACUUCGACGUCACUUGGGGCGACAGUCGAGCCAAGAUACUCAACAACGGCGACCUUCUUACUCUCUCUCUUGACAAAACAUCCGGUUCGGGGUUUCAAUCAAAGAACGAAUAUUUAUUUGGGAAGAUUGAUAUGCGGCUCAAGCUCGUCCCUGGAAACUCUGCUGGCACAGUUACGGCAUACUACUUAUCAUCACAAGGAUCAACCCACGAUGAGAUAGACUUUGAAUUCUUGGGGAACUUGAGUGGCGAUCCUUAUACUCUUCACACGAACGUGUACAGUCAAGGAAAGGGUGACAGGGAACAGCAGUUUCGGCUUUGGUUCGACCCUUCUGCCGAUUUCCACACCUUCUCCAUCCUAUGGAACCCCAAAGGAAUUGUUUUCUCCGUGGAUGGAACCCCGGUUAGAGAGUUCAAGAACAUGGAGUCAAUUGGCGUUCCAUACCCAAAGAACCAGCCGAUGAAGAUAUACUCCAGCAUUUGGAAUGCUGACCAGUGGGCGACUAGAGGGGGACUCGUCAAGACAGACUGGACUCAAGCUCCCUUUACCACUUCAUAUGCGAAUUUCAAAUCCGACGCUUGCAUUUGGUCUUCUGGGGCAUCAUCUUGUGGUAGUUCCUUGGCCUCCGGAGGCAACACAUGGAUGUCGCAAGAGCUGGAUGCCACGGGCAUAGAGCGGAUGAAAUGGGUGCACAACAACCACAUGAUCUACAACUAUUGUACCGAUGCUAAACGAUUUCCCCAAGGAUUCCCCCCAGAAUGCAAAGCCACAGCAUCCUGAAGAUAAAAUCACACAUAUAUCAGUCCCCUCACUCUUGUAAUUAGUGUCCUAGUUAAGGUUUAUAAAAAUAAACAGCCACCAGUUUGCAUUAGAAAGAAGGAAGGAUUUAGUCCA